AUGUCGUCUGGAAUGUGCCCUCAGUGCGUCAGUGGCUUCCUCCACGAAGGAACCCCCUCUGGCUCCAUAGUCAAGAUUGGCGGCAUCGACGCCUACGUCGCCACUCCUAAAGACGACAACUCAAAAUCCAAAACCAUCGUCCUCCUCCCCGAUGUCUUCGGCUGGGAACUCAACAAUGCACGUCUCCUCGCCGACGACUACGCCCGUGCCGGAUUCUACGCCGUUCUCCCCGAUAUCUUGAAUGGUGAUUCCUUGCCCGCGGAUUACCUUGAUUCUGCGAAGAGUACGGAGGAUGUGUAUCGCCUCGUCGGUCCGUGGUUGCAGAAGCAUGGUGACGCUGUGACUGAGGCUCCCAUUGACGCCGUCCUCGCCGCUCUCCACGCCGACUCAAACGUCGGCAAAAUCGGUGCGGUAGGAUUCUGUUUUGGCGGGUUGUAUGCGUUGAAGUACGCCGCAACCGACAAAAUCUCCGCCGCAGUCGCCGCCCACCCCUCCCGCAUCCAAGUCCCCGACCACAUCCUCCCCAUCCGCCAACCCAUCUCCUUCGCCGUCGCACGCACCGACGUGAUCUACGACGAAACCAAAGCAAAGGAGGCAGAUGAGGUUCUGAAGAAGAAUGGAGUAGAGCACGAGACCAAGAUCUAUGAUGGGGAGGGUGUUGGGCAUGGGUUUGCUGUUAGGGGAGAUUUGAGUGUGGAGAGUUUGAGGAAGGCGAAGGAGGAGGCUACGGUGCAGACUUUGGCGUGGUUUAAGAAGCAUCUUGCUUGA